CUCCGACCUGAUCUAACACAUUGCAAUAUGCAGCUGUUCAUUGUCGCCACCGCCCUUUUCGGCAUCGCCGCGGCCGCGUAUGCGCCCUACCCAGAGCAAUCCAACCGCCCACAGGCUGCCUUAGAAAGAACCGCGCGAAUCCUUGCCUUAGACUCCGAUGUGAAAGAGGACUCCUACAGAUACAACUUUGAAACUGAAAAUGGCAUCAAGGCUGAGGAGCAAGGACGUGAGGCUGACGGCAUCGAAAACCAAGGCUCAUUCCAAUACGUCGGCGAUGAUGGUCAAAUCUAUGCCGUGUCCUACAACAGUGGUCAAGGAGGAUUCCAGCCUGUAGGAGCUCAUUUCCCCACACCCCCACCGACCCCGGAAGCUAUCCUGAAGGCUCUGGAGCAGAACGCCCGCGAUGAAGCCGCUGGCAUUAUUGAUGAUGGUUCAUACAGCCCCGGUAAAUAUGGUGACGGCGGUGCUGCCGCUCCCUUCGCUCAACAAAACAACGCGCGCGCGCAAGCUUCGGCUGGUUUCCGUCAACCCUACAAAUUCUAAGACGUAAUUAAGCUUACAAGUUAAGCCAUCUUUACAUUUAGAUUAACGGCUAUAGAAGCUUACUCACCUCCGAAUACUGAAUAAAAUCCUUCUGCUGUUUUUAAUGUUUUCCUGGAAAUGUUAAUACAAAAACGUAAAAAAUAACUUUCUUAUAACAAAUAAUUUACUUUUGGCAGUUGGAUGGUUGAAAUCAUUUUUGAGGAUAUAGAAGAUAAUUAAUUCAUGAUUCUCUAAAAACUGUUUGUCAUAUUAAUUACCGAACGAAAUCUUUAAAAUGUCAAAAUGGAACCUCAAAAAUGGUUUCAAAAUCGCUCUUCUUGAUUUCUAUUUCACUUAGGGGUUUUUAAUAGUUCAAAUGGAACUAAAAUUUCGUUCUUUAGAUUGGUAAAAUGAAACAAGUAUUUACGAAAUGUCACUUUAUAUCUUCUUUAU